GUUGUGCCCACGUGAAGAUGAAGGUCACCGCUGAGAAAAAUCCUCUGAAGCUAAAACAAGACGAGAAAAGAGACCGAGUUACAGCGGCGUUCGCUCCAGCACUGAGACGAUGGUCUCAGGCUUGAGUCCGUACAGAAAGAAUCACCAAAAACUGUGCAAACUAAGGGAAAGAAGGCGAUUGAUAUGGCUACUCUGCGGCGCCAGCCAAGAUCGAGAACAGCCUCAACUCGACAGGAUCGUGGUUCCUGUUCUUCCACUGCAUCUUGCCCUGUCUUCUCUGGACCUUACAGUGACCACGAAGAAGAUCCUCCACCACGCCGCCAAUCCUCUCCUUUACUCAAAGGCUCUCUUUCCAGUCUACACAGCUUCACUAGCCCAAGCCCCAGGGGUUCUCUUUCUAGCCUCCAGGGCUCUGUUCCAUGCCUCCAAGGAUCUAUGCCAAGUCUCAGAGGAUCUCUGCCCAGCUUCAAAGGCUCUUUAUCCAACCUAAAGGGAUCAAUCUCUCGGCUGAAGAGACGGUCACUUGGCAGUCUAGACAACUCAAGUCCCAGCCCCAGUGAGAGGAGUACCAGCCCCAGCCUGCAGAGUCGCAAUGGCAGCUCAAGUGAUGAUGAUGGCAGUUGGGACACUAAUAGCUGGAGCUCAGGGGCCACCUGCCUGCUGCGGACUCCUGUUAGGCAAGAUAGCAAUGAGGCAUCUGAGGAAUCAGGUGGAAAGGCUCACACCACUGAAACAACAUCUGUGGCUGCCAAGGCUGAACCUGAAAUCAUUUACCAAAAUCUUAUCUUCCAACACCCUGCUACGAAAACUGAAAAUCAAGAAGACUGUGCUCCUGAGAGAACUUACACAGCACUAAGGAAAGAUUCGGGAACCCAGAGUGUGUCCUCAUCUGGCCUGAGCAAGAAUGCUGCAACAGUCUCAUCCCAUCAGCGGAAUGAGAAGACAGAGGACAGGCGCAAGUUCUCUCAGUUUCUGAAUGAAGUGAGCUUCAGGGUGUUGAAAACUAAUGGUGGUUCUCCCCAACAACAGUCCACUCUUCGACAUCGCUACCCAUCUCCUCCGCCACCACCACCAUCAACUCCAUCUCAUUCAUCACUAACAACCACACUACAUUCAACAUCAACAAACCCGUCUCUGCAACUCCUACCACCUUCUACAUCAGCAACAAACUUAUGGUAUAGCCCAACUAGCUCAAACCUCCAGACCAUCAAGGAGCACGAGCCGAAGGACAUUACCAGCUCUAUACACCAGUGGAGCAAGACUCUGCCCAGCUGUAAGAUCUUGGAGCCCGGGGAUGUGUUGAGGAAAGUAAAAGGGGAAAGUCACUCAUACCCAGAGCAUGACCUAGAGCUAUGUACAAAGAUCCAGGCACAGCCCUCCACUGGGAGACUUUAUCUAGAGACGGACAUUGACAGAGUAAGGCAACUUGAUGAACUGGUAGCUAAUGGCACUCUUGGGAAAGAGAGGAAUGAGAAAGGGCUGGAGAAGGAUAUGGAAAGAGGGAAGGAGAGAGAGAAGCGAAAAGAGAUCCUGUGGGAGAGAGACAGGGGAAUAGAAAAAGAAAAGAAAAAAGAUAAAGGAAGAGAAAUAGCUUGCUGGGAGAAAGACAAAAGGAUGGAAAGAGGGAGGGAGAAGGAGAAGAAAGUGGUAAUUACCAGUUAUGAGCCCCCUCCUCCCCAGUCAAAUUCCAGCGGACUGAGUAACCACUGCCCUGUCUUCAGCUGGCCAGAGGGAUUUCCCAGAAUGUCUUACAGGUCUACCUCAUUACCCAGACCCGUUAAUAUCACUGAAUCUGAUGGAGAGAUGCAGCAUGACACGAGCACUUUCCACGACCACAAGGAUGACCUCCGUAAGCGCCUGUCGUACACCACCCACAAACUAGAGAUGGUGGAGAGGGAGUUCGAUUCCACUCGGCAGUACCUUGAGACAGAGCUGCGCCGGGCCCAGGAGGAGCUGGAGAAAUUUACAGAGAAGCUACGCAGGAUCCAGAGUAGCUAUGCGGCUCUUCAGCGGAUCAACCAGGAUUUGGAAGCCAAGAUGCACAGGACGUCCCACCACCAUGAAGAGGAAAAGAGAGCCCUCAGCCGGGAAAUCAUUGUCCUCAACAACCAUCUCAUGGAGGCGAAGAUCACCAUCAAUAAACUCAGAGAGGACAAUGACCUUUACAGGAAGGACUGCAACCUGGCAGCCCAGCUGCUGCAGUGCUCCAAGUCUCACUACAGAGCACACAAGAUGUCUGAGCUACCACUGGAUUUCCAGGAACGCAUUAGUUCCCACAUCGAGAAACAUAAUCGGGGUAGUGGAGCCACCAUGGCAAUGUGCCAGUCCAAUUACUCUGACGCCGUGCCCACAGCCAUAAUUGCCAAGGUCCUGGAAAAGCCUGAGCCGGGAAGCAGUUGCCCUGUAACACGCUCACCUAGCCCGCAGCCACAGGAUGGAGACUUUCUUACCGGAACAGGAAGCACUGAUCACCUGAACCGACGCAUUUCGUACAAAUCAUCUGAUCUUUACUGUAGCGAUACAGCACUCUACUGCCCUGAACGAUGGCAAGACACAGAUCGCAGGCAGAGCGUUGACCUCCAUGGCACCAGCCUGCUCCAGCUUCAUGCCCAGAACUCCACUGACAGCAACCCAGAUGAAGAGGCCUACCACUCUGGAAGUUUCUCCCACCACGAGCCUCCAUCCUCCUACCACCACCAUGAUGAGUUUGGCACUGGCAGCCUCCCUGCCUCCAGUUCCUACUCUAGCUUCAGCCUUGCAUCAGACGAGAAGGGAGGAGUUAGUGGUGGUUGUGGGCGCACUGCAAGCAGCACCUUAUCCUCUUCUCACCAGGGUCUCUAUAUGGACUGGCGAGAUGGUGCCAGUGGGGACUAUGGCCGCAAAAGCAUGUCCUCUUAUGAUAAAGACAGUCCAAGCUUCCCCAAGUCCCUAAGCAUCCAGCACAUGGUAACCUCCAGGAGCCCACAGAAGGGCACCUCACCAGCGUACAGCAGGACAGCUUCAUGCUUCAGCGAACCAUACCAUUCCAGCACCCCCCGCCUGGCCUCCUCUCACAGCAUGGGGUCAACAACUGGACUGGUUCAGGUUCAUGGAGGGGCUCUGGACAGCCAAGGUGACAUCCAGGUUGCAGAGGAUGACCUAAGCAGUCGCUGGAGACAGCUCAGUGUGGAAGAUGUCAACACGUUCUCAUCUUCCUACCGUGAUAUCACAGGGCGAGUCUCUCCGUACAGUUUCUCUGAGCGCCACUUUGCCAUGGGCCCCUCCAGUAAGGUCAAGGGGUCUCUCUACAGCAGUUUCCAAGAAGGAGAUGACGUCUUCCACAGCCGCAUGCUGGACCAAUGUUUUGCUGUGGGUUCCCCUUCGCCCACACGCAAUCCAAAACAGAUGGAGCAUCGUAAGCAGGAGAAAACUUCAAUGCUGUAUAGAGCCAAGGAUGACAGUCAAGACUCCGAAUGCAGUCUGUUCCUCUCAGGGACCUCUAAAGAGAAGGAGAGCAGCGGGGGAGCAGCAAGCAGCACCAAGAAGGACUAUGUAAAUCUGAGUGCAGACAGCUCGGCUGAGUCCUUACACCAAAGCUCCCUCGAAGCCUCGAGUCUUCAACAUUACCCCAGCCCCAGGCCGAGCAUCCGGCCUCGCCCAAGCUCCAGCUCCGCUCUCAGCGUCGGCCCCGCACUGCCAAAGAAGACCUCUCCAAGAUACCAAAAAUUUGGUAGCACGGGGCUGACAAGGAAGGACAGUUUGACCAAGGCGCAGCUAUAUGACAUAACACAUGCAGCCAGUUUCUUGGAAAAGGAUCAAGUCUGAUCUUAAACUGGGGAUCAGAUGAGAAGGGAGAUCGCCGCUGAAAUUUGCUUCCUUUAAAGACCGAGAGGUAAUUCCUGUCUGAAAAUCUGGCACACACGCAGCCAAAUUUCUAUCCUGAUACACACUCUUAAACACUGUUGGCACUAGUUGCACAAAAGAAAAAAAAAGUGCUAGAGCUUCUAGUUUUCAGGAGGGCUUAAUUGGAAAAUUCUCCAGGAAAGCUGGCAGUGCUGCAAUAUAUGUAGAAAAAUGUUCACAACAAAGUGCACUGACAAGGUAGUAGAAAAAAAAAAAGUCUGAUAAAAGACAGAAAUGUACAGUCAGUGUGUUGUUUUUAAUCCAGCAUGCUCAAUUAGGCUAUUUUAGAGAAAACACUGUGAAAAUAGACAAAGUGUGUAAAUAUAUACAUACAUAGAGAUUGGCAAAGACAUGCUGUCCUGUUGGCGAAUAAAACAUAAUAAAAUAAGACCCUGCCUUAUGUUAAAUGAAGAGUGAAUUUGUCCUGCCGCCUCACAAUCACACUGCCAUCUGCUGCUCUUACUAGUAUAGAUGGGGACAAAACGACAAUGUUCCAACAUCUGCGCGCCCUUUGGCACGAUAGAUCUUGAAGGAUUUCUUCCUGUCUGUGUGGCUCUAUAGAUCAGAAAGGAAUGGCGACAGGGAUAAGCCACAUAAUGGGAACUCAGCUUUGCCCUUAAGUCAGUCAUGAAUAGAUUUCUCUGGAAGGCCAUGCGUCUACCUCCCAUUCCUGCAGAUCUCAGAACUGGCUUAAGGUUUUUUUUUUCUCUCUCUCCUUUU